GAGAGAGAGAGGGAGUGACACCUCCUGAGUCAGAGCGCAGUGACGUGAAUUAUGGUGCAGUUUUCGUAAGACUCACAGCUGUAGACGAGCCGAGAGGAAAAAUUCUCCCUGUAAAGUGGAAGAGGAUUACCUGACUCUUGUGAAGCUUCGAGAUACCAAGAUAUUGUGCAAUCUGAAGUCAGCAUGUGGAGAAAAUUGUUGGAUUUUGUGAAGAAACUUUUCAUGUCGGUCCUUGCGGAGGAGGAUACUUUAGGACCUACAUUUUAGAGUGUCCUCAGACAUAAUGUUUCUUGCCAGAUGGUCGACUGUGUGUGUUUUACUGACCCUAAACACUGCAGUCUUUGGAUUGAAGAUGAUUGGCUACAACAGACAAGUCAUUUGCUCACAGGGUUUGUCUGAUUGCACUAUGAAAGAUGAGAUGCCUCUAAAUGUGCCACUGGAUAAUGUCAUGCAUGUCAGAAACCUGAUGGCACAGGCUGCUCUGUGUUGUAAGGGCAGAGGUCCAUGUGCAUUAUGUCUGCUGGUAGACAUCCGUCUGAGCACAGACAUGGACAACAAGGGCUCUACUGGGCAUGAUGAUGAGGAUUACAGUGAGGACAAUCCAAAAGGAGCUGUGACAGUUUGCUACAACACAGCAGUCACCCUGCCUACAUGCAAGAAGGUGGAGUUUACAGUAAAUCAUUCAGCUGCUCUGGAACGUCAGGCUCAGAUUUCUAUGGUGAUUCUUAACCCUGUUGGGGUUUCCUUCAGCAGUCAGGUUUUUGUUCAUACUUCCAAAUCAUCACAUCUGCAAAUCAUUGCUGUACCGUCCUUAGAUACAGUGUGCUCCCUGGAGACGCUGGAGCGUGUUGAAGAGUGUGAUGCACCCAGACUGAAUAGCUUAAUUAACCAUGAUAUGAAUCAGGUGGAGUUGCAAGUUGCUGCCAAGAAUAAGAGCCUCCUCUCUUCUAUGUGCCUUCAGUAUGAGCAGAAUGGAAAGUGCCAGCGAUGGACCAAUUUGACCAUUCCAUUAAAUCUGGUGACACCCUGCGUAUGUCUUCAGGUAUGGUGGGAUGAAGAAUACCAGAGGUCAAGACGCUCUUUAAUCUGCCCCUUCUUAAACACCGAUAUCUUCCAAAGGAACGUUUGGAAGAAUGUGACUGUGUUUGUGGUCCCGGGUCAAAUGAGCAAUUAUGGUACAAUACUUUCGUGGAACCUGUCUGCUCCCUGCAGGCUGGAGGCUGAAGUGUGGCCUUGUCACAGGACUCCAUGGCACUUCAGCAACUGCAAGGAAAUGAAGGGUUUUAGACAACAUCUGCCAAAUGCCACAUGGAGACAAAAUAGCAAGGGACGCUGGGAAAAACCUGGCGUGUUUGAAAAUAUUGACCUUCAGCUCUCACCAUGUGUAAUGGUGAAAAUAAAGGGAAUGGAAAAUGAGAUGGGACCAUUCUGCUUUGAUGACACUGGAAGGCACCACUGGAGUCUCCUGAUUGUUGCUGUGAUGCUGGUGGUUAGCUUGACUGCUUGCUUGACUUAUCUCCUCCGUAACCUUGUCAAAAGAUGGGCGUCAAGCUGCCACAAUAGUAGAGUAGUCAAUUUCUCUAAAUUCAGCCGGACAGGUCAUGUGGUUCUGCUGAGCCCCCCGGAUGCAGAUGGUGAUGUGUCCGGGUCGGUGUGCGCGCUGGGAUCUCUGCUCUCUAAGCAUGGCUUCGGUGUGUCUGUGGACCAGUGGAGCAGGAAGGAGCAGUGCUCCAUGGGGCCUCUGCUGUGGUUACACUCCCAGCUGCUCAAACUGGACAGUUCAUGGGGGCGAGUUGUGCUGGUGGUGACUCACAGAGCCUUAAAGAGGACUGAGGAGUGGAGCCAUCAGCACCGGGCCGGAGAGGUGUGGUCUCCUUACUCUGACGUGUUCACCGCCUGUCUGUUCCUCAUCCGAGCCCACAAACACUUUGGGAAGACUGCUGCUGCACGUUUUCUCCUGGUGACAUUUGAGCGUCAGCCUCCUGGUGGUGACAGGGGUCUGCCGGAGCUUCUUCAGGGGCUGCCCCUGUUCCAGCUGCCCUUCCAGACCCAGGCCCUGCUGUCAGAGCUGACGGCAGGGGGGCAAGGGAUGAGCUCGAGUAGGAGGACAUGGACAUGGUGGAGAGCUAAGGAGAAAGAUAAAGACAAGCCAGCAAUGCAGAAACUAGCAGCACCUAAAUGUCUUCAAGAGGAGACAAAGACAUUAAAACCGCUGAUGUUGUGAUGAACAUUAUCUCUGUGUACAGUUGUACAUGAAGGAUAACUUACAGGCUAAUUCUGUCCACAUACUAAGUCUGUCAACACUUAUCUAUAAAUAAAUGCAUUUAUUUUUGUACA